AUGCUUAAGCGCAACAUAAUGCUAGGCUGUAAUAUCAAGUCAGCGACUGUCUGGAUCCUGCUCUUUGCCUUGUUCAUUUCUCCGGCCGUUUGCAGUUACGAGCCAAAGGUGCCUCACGUACGAGAGCGACUCCGGCUCAGAGACGGCUGGCGAUUCUGGCGAUCCGAAUCAAACCCUGAUACUGUGGUAUACGACUACCGCCCUGAUGCGAAUGGAACAGAUCUUUAUGUCCUCAAAGAUUGGAUCUUGCCAACCGGUAACAAUUUCAUCAAAAGUCCCGACCACCAACAUGAUAGACCAAAAUAUGAUCCGGAGGUGGAUAUUCCAUAUAUACAUGCCAAGUUCAAUGAUAGCGACUGGCAGGAUGUUGAAGUUCCGCAUGAUUGGGCUAUAAGUGGUCCCUUCUACACCGAGGAAGAUCCAGUGAUUCCUGGAGAUAUGGGACGUCUGCCUAUCCAAGGGGUAGGAUGGUACCGAAAAGUAGUUCAGAUGAACUCUGGUGACCUUAAAAAGAUUAUUUAUCUGGACAUCGAAGGCGCCAUGUCAUAUCCUAUGGUAUGGCUUAAUGGAAAACUUUUAGGAGGCUGGCCCUACGGCUACAACUCGUUCCGUCUCGAUCUUACGGGCUAUUUAAAAAAGGGGGAAAAUCAGCUGGCAAUUCGUGUGGAGAAUCCUACUGCUCGUUCAUCUCGCUGGUACCCCGGAGCCGGGAUAUACCGCAAUGUGUGGAUUACCAAGGUCGGACAGACACACGUCGCUCACUGGGGAACACAUAUCACUACUAGGAAUGUGUCUUCUCACUCCGCUGUUAUCGAAAUCGAGGUCAAGGCUGUUAGCCAUAGACAAAAAGAACGAAAAGUGGUGGUACAAACAGAAAUCUUCGAGAACAGCCUAGACUCAGGAGCGCGAGGUCGAAGAGUUGCAUCUUUCCCCGAAAGAGUCAUCCAAACAACACCAGAUGCUAGUAAAACAACUACUGCGAGCGUCAAACUGAUUAACCCCAAGCUCUGGGGACCACCACCUGGGCAGUCGCCGAAUCUCUAUACCGCUGUCACACGUCUCUUUGAUGGUCGUGAGCUACUUGAUGAGUAUGAAACAGAAUUUGGAAUCCGUGCACUUCGACUUACACCCGAUGAUGGAUUACAUGUCAAUGAUCAAAAGGUGUAUAUACAUGGGGUCAAUCAGCACCAUGAUCUGGGUGCUCUCGGGACAGCUUUCAACUACCGCGCCGCAAAGAGACAGCUGGAGAUGCUCCGCGAACUUGGCGUCAAUGCAAUCCGUAUGGCACACAACCCACCAGCACCAGAACUUCUCGAGCUUACAGAUAAAAUGGGGUUUCUGGUUGUCGAUGAGAUCUUUGAUGUUUGGGAGAUCGAGAAGGUGCCCUCUGACUUCCACCUCAUCUUCAAGGACUGGCGCGAGCCUGACCUUCGCUCUUUCAUACGAAGAGAUAGAAAUCAUCCUUCUGUGGUUAUGUGGAGUGUUGGUAAUGAAGUCAUGGAACAAAAUCUGCAUGACGUUCCAGCUUCAACACGUAUUGCCGAGUAUCUUAAGAAUAUUGUCUAUGAAGAGGACAGCUCACGAGCAGUUACUGGAUCGUUAAACGUCGGUUUUCCCAAUGAGACAUUGCCUCAGAUUUAUGAUGUUAUCAGCCUGAAUUAUCAGGGUGAAGGUAUUCGUUGGGGGCCUGCAUAUGAACAUCUUAACCGUUCUCGGGCUCGACCUGGGCAAUACGACAACUUCCACGGCAAUUUUAGCAAAAAACUCAUCUUGGGUAGUGAGGUUGGAUGGUCCCUCAGCACCCGUGGUACCUUCACAUUUCCAGUCACGCCUUACGACAGCUCGCCCAUCAACCAGAGUAUUGGUGCCAACUACGAUCGACUGGAAAUCAGUGGAUACGAACUGUACUCCGCCGAUGCAGGGUCGUCUGCGGACAGGGUUUUCAAGACUCAAGAUGAGCAUCCAUUCGUUGCGGGCGGGUUCACUUGGGCUGGUUUUGACUACCUGGGAGAGCCGCCUUGGCCUGAAGCGCGCAGCGCGUAUUCUGGUAUCAUUGAUCUAGCAGGGUUUCCCAAGGAGAGAUUCUAUCUGUACCAAUCUCGAUGGCGACUAGAUCUGCCCUUUGCGCACAUCGUACCUCAUUGGAACUGGCCUGACCGUAUUGGGAAGAGGACCCCUGUACAUGUAUUCAGCUCAGGUGACGAAGCUGAGCUUUUCAUCAAUGGUAGGUCGCAGGGUCGGGUGGAGAGGAAGGUUGGACAGUAUCGCUUUCGAUGGAACGAAACUGUUUAUCAGCCCGGUGAAGUAAGAGUGGUAGUAUAUAAGAAUGGAAAGCAGUGGGCCACUCAGAAAACUGAAACUGCAGGCGAUGCUGCGAAAAUUAGGCUGGAGAAAGACCGAGAGGUGAUUGAUGCCGAUGGCGAGGACCUGGUCUUCUUGAAGGGAACCAUUACAGAUUCGAUGGGAAGAACCGUACCGAAUGCUAACAAUAGCGUUGUGUUUUCUGUCGAAGGGUCAGGGGAAAUUGUUGCGACAGAUAACGGAUAUCCCGCCGAUUUCACUCCUUUUCCCUCUAAGACUAGGAAUGCAUUCAGCGGAUUGGUAUUGGCAAUUGUUCGGGGAAAGUAUAAGGGCAAAGGGUCAUUCACAAUUAAGGCUGAAAGCAAAGGACUUCAGUCAUCUUCCAUCAAAGUUGAUUUGAGAAGUAUAAAGAGCUAG